UCUGUUUUUAUCUGUCAUGUGUACACAAAACUCUUUGCCGAAUUCUUCUCUUUAUACCCCUGCAGCACAUCAUCUGAUUUUAGGUGUCCCUAUCAAAACUGUUGAGUUGUCACAUGAUGCAUGCAUGCAUGGCCCGUUCUGAUAGACCACAUCCUGUUCUGAAAACGAGCAAAUGUGAACCCUGUUAGCAUGAUUUGAUUUUUCAAUGAUGAGAACAUAGCUAUUGUGUCUAAAUUACAGAUGGACAAGACCUGAACCUUUUGAUGGGGCCAUGUUAUAAUUUUCAGGUGUUUUACAUGUUAAACUGAUUUUAAAACAGCUUAAAAGAACAUAAUGGCGUGGAGUUCACAGAGAAGAGGUAACUUUCUCUUUCUAACUUGCUUUCAGUUUUAAACCUUAGUCAAAGGAAGGUAAGUUUCUUUCAGUGGUUGUUUUAAAGUUCUGUAACAACAGCAACAGUUGAGUUGUUUUAGUAUUGUUUCAUUUGGAUUUGGAUUUUUACUUUUGAAAACCAGUGGGCUUUGUGCUGUAGUAUGUAUGUAUGCACAGUUAACAUUGUUAAAUACCUGUCAUGCAUAUUUUACAGAGCAAAAUGAAGAUAAUGAUUUAAAGUGUAAGCAUAUUUUAAACUAAACAUUUUUAAAUGACAAAUAUGUUAUACGGAUAGGUACAUUAACACAAGCUAAUGCACCUUCCUGGUUUUUCUUUCUGCUGACUAGGUCCACUUCUUGAUAACGGUGAGCAAUUGUGAAUUUGCCCAACCAUUUCUAGAACCAGACAUGGCAAAAUCGUAUAAUGGCAAAACAUCUGUACUAUAUCUAUAUUGAUCUGCAUAAAGUUGUUCGCUGUGUCAACCACAAUAAAACUUAUCAUGAGACUUAUCAUGUUUGCUUUGUGUUUACCUGUUUGUAUUUUGGAAAAAAAAAUCCCACAGAGAGAUGUCAAACCACUAUGGACUACGAAACAUGUAGAAGUGAAGCAGAAUCCACAGGCUUCACUGAAGAGUUUAGGUUUAUAUUACUUGGAGGUGAUGAAGAUCUAAUGGAUGAGGCAUGUGACAUCAUCCUGCGGGGAAGAGGGGACAGAAGUGAUUCUGGACUGUUUGAGCACAGAAAGGGUUGUUUCAAUGGGAAAAAACUCUCUGUAGUGAAGACCCCAUGUAGCUGGAAGAGUCACUUAGCAUCAAGUUUGUGCUCCUCAAGAGAUAAAACGAUCAAAGAACAGAUGUUAGAUUGUGCGUCGCUGGUCUUUCCAGGGCCACAUGCAUUCCUAUUAGUGAUCAACAGCAGGUACAAGAGUGGGAAUGACGAAUAUCUUUUAGAAGCUCUAAAAGAGUUUGGCAAAGAGGCUUUUGACUAUGCUAUGAUUCUGUUUGUUGGGAAAAUGACCCAAAAUCGAACGAAUCGUCUGAAGAAGCGUGUAAGCCAUGUUUAUAGCUUGGAGAACAAUGAUCAAAGUGUUCAAGGUCUGCUUGCAGAAACGUCAAGAAUGACACAGCAUAACAAAUCUAAAUUCUUUAUUCAGUCAUCAUAUGAAAAACUCAUGGAAAAAGAAUUUUUAUCAUGGGAAAAGGGACAAUUUUCUGAACACAAAGAGACAGCGCGAAAACUGAAAAAGGAAAUUGCAGACAUACAGAAGCAGCAUGAAAAAGAAUUGUUUGCUUUGACAGAAAAGUCUAGUCUUGCUAAUAGUGAAGUAAAGAAAGAUAUUGACUCCUUUAAAUGUUUGAUGCUGAAAACUCUGAUGGAUUUGAAAACUGAAGACAUUCAGCGAGAGGGGGAACCAGAGGCUUCGGGUGCUCAUGAGGGUCUGCAGAUUAACAAAUUAGAGGCUUGUAAAGAAAGCGAUACUUUCCUGAGAGACGUGUUUUUAUCCAUUGUUGAUGAGUUUAACAAAAAGUUGAAGUCUUCUAAAGAAACCGAAACCUGCUUGAGAGGAAUGUACUCAUCCGUGAUAGAUGACGGUAUUCGCCGUGAGAGUCAACUGAAAGAUGAUAUUGAGAUGCUCCAAAGACAGGUGGAGCAGCUCAAGGCGAAGAAAAGCGGGCUUGAGCAGAAACUGAGCAAGUCAGAAGACAAAGAAACUCCCACUAUUCUGCAGAUGGAGAAAACUCCUAAAGACACAAUUGGGAAUCUAAAGCAAGGAGUUCUGGAAAGAGAAGACAUGAAGAUGGAGGAGGCCAUAGAAGAAAUAGAAAGAGUGAAGAGACAGCAUGACACCAGUAGAUCAGAACAUGGCCUUGUGAACCCUGGCUUGCCUGAAGAAAAUGAAAAAGAGGUGGAGAUGAAGAGCAGAGAGAAUGAUUCACAAGUCAGGGAAUCAAACGUCUGUGAAAGAUUCCAACCUGUGAGAAGGAACAGCAUGCUGUUAGAGCCACCUCAAAUGUCUGGCGUCUCUGAAGACGAAGCUUUGGCUCAAGACACACUUUGAAUGGACAAAUGCAUCCAGCCACAGUCCCUUUUGAUGACAUGUAUCGCUGUUUCAUCUAUUUAGGUUUUCUAUUUUUUAUUAUUUAAAAGAAAAUAUGUGGCCCAUUCUGUGAAAACCCAGCUAAAGUCAUUUUUGUGAUUUACUGUACUCUACAUAAAAUCAUAUAAAUUAUGUACAUAAUGUAAAGAACAUUCUGUUAAAAUAUAACCUUGAUAUCCUUAAUAUUGACUGAGUACGACCAUGUCAAAGAUAGCAAAAUUAAUUAUUGAAAUCAAACUUUGAUGCUCAUUAUCUCAUAAUUAGGUUUUAAGACUUUAUACACAUACAAAAAAAGAACUGCAGUCAACAAACCCAACCAUAUAUUGACAACCAGGAUAACACUCUUAUUAUUAUUAUUAGUAUUAUAUUAGCUUUUGAUAAAUAGUAUAUUCACAAUAAAAUACAUUCAUAUUGUUAAAGACAACUGUAAAUGUAAUUUAACCGUCAAGACAGGAGGAACUCUCUCCAGUGCAGAAUCUUAAUUGUCAUUAUCAUUGAUGUCACAUCGGGGGUAUUCCAGAAAGCUUUAAGUUUUGUGACAUACCCGGGACAGUUUACAGAGUAAUUUAGCUGAUAACCUCAACUUUUGGUUCCAAAAAUAGAGGUAAUAUUCAGAAUAAUAUUUCACUCAUUUUUUGAAGAUAACCUGCUCCGGAGCAGGUUAUGUUCCAGGGUUAGUUCAUUAUAAGGAAACAUUACAACGCUUCCGAGGUUGUCUGCACAUAUGUGUGCUUCUGAUGAGUGUCAAGUGGGCGUGGAAGCACAGAUUACCUAUAAUAUAAUUUUACAGUAUAAUUAUGAUUACAUUUCCAGUCUCACACAUUGUGAUUCAGCAUUAAAAACUAUUUUUAUGCUAAUUUGUAACCCUUUACAAUAAAAUAACCUUUUAAUAAAAUAAUGUGAGCUGUUCUUAAUAUAUGUAAGUGUUUACAUUGAAAACUGUAGAUACUUUAAUGAGGUUUAUUAUUAAAACAUCUCCAAAUAUUUGCAUAAAUAGCAGUAUGCACAUGUUACAAUUCCAGUACUAAGUAUUGUAACUUCAGAACAAUUUAUCAAGGACUUGCAUCUCAUUACUCUUCUCCACUAACUAGGUAAUAUUUUAUAUAAUAAUGUUUAUAAAUUUUUAUAUAAUUAUUGUAUAUUAUAAUUUUUUUUUCAUCUGUGUUCUGUCCUGUUGCUGUCUUUCUGUUGCACUGUGGAGCUUCUGUCACUAUAAUAAAUUCCUCGUAUGUGGAAACAUACUUGGCCAAUAAAGCUCAUUCUAUUCUAUUCUAUUCUAUUCUAUAUUUGAUGAAUCUCAGAUUACAUGUGACGGAAGUAAUGGGCAGUUGUGAUGUAAAGGUUAACGAGCCAGACUUUUAACCUAAAGGUUGCAGGUUUGAUUCCUAGAUAAAGCUUUAUUAGGUGUUCACAGAUUUAAUUUCCCAUUAUCACUUUAAUUCAAGUAUAUGAUAAAAUACUCAAAAGACCUAGACUUGAGUUUCAUACUAGCUGUAUUUCUUAAAAAUGUCUUUCUGAUCCACAGCCUCAUAAGGGCCUUUACCCAAAUGACAAUUUAUUAUUGGUCCUUCACGGUUGGCCUUUUACACCUCAUUUAAAAUUUGGAAAGCUAUGGCCUUUUAGCCAGCCAAGUCAAAACAAACAAACAAACAAACAAACAAAAAUGUAUGUGUAUUUAAAGGGGAUAUACAGCCGUGGAAAAAAUUAAGAGACCAUUUCAGAGACAUAUUUUAAAAUGUACUAUUCAUAGUUAUGUUUAGGUUUCAUUCUGUGAACUACUAACAAUGUUUGUACCAAAUUUCAAAUAAAAAUAUUGUUUCUAUUUUCAUUUGUUUGCAGAAAAGGAAAUAUGCUCUGUUUUUUCAGAUCUCAAAUACUGCAAAGAAAACAAGUUCAGAUUCACUUUUUAGCAACACAACAGUCAUAUUUCUACAUGUAUUUAGGAAUUAUCAUGCUUAGUUUUAUUGUUUGAAAGAUGAAUGUAUUGUUAUCGUGAGCGUGUGAUGUCGUACUGAAAAAACUGGAUUGGUUGUGUUUGAUCUGGCAUGCCAAAACGCGGAGUCGCACAUCUGCCCUGUCAAAUUCAUUCUGUCAAAGUGUCUGUGACGUCACCUGCCAAAUGUCUCUGAUAUAUUUGACUUUAUUUUGAAAAGAGAGAAAAAGUGCCAUGUAUAUUGUAAAAGAGAAGUGAAGUGGAUUCGCUUUGGAUUCACAUGUACUGCUAUUAAAGAGUUUCAUUGUUAGACUC